GCUUCUUGAAAACAUGUCGCCCAUGAAGCUGUGUGUUCCAGGCGAAAGGCUUUGCAGCACAGAGGACUGUAUUCCUGGUACAGGCACGUAUCUGCGGCACGGCUACAUCUUCGCUUCACUAGCAGGAUACGUGCUGAGGAAGAAUGAGGGAGAGGAGUUGCCGGUGAUUUCAGUUGUUAGAGAGACAGAAGCGCAACUUUUGCCUGACGUCGGUGCGAUCGUCACCUGUAAGGUGACGAGUAUCAACCCAAGGUUUGCUAAAGUGCACAUCUUAUAUGUGGGUUCGACACCGCUAAAGGACAGGUUCAGAGGCACAAUCAGAAGAGAAGAUGUGAGAGCGACAGAGAAGGAUAAGGUGGAGACGUACAAAAGCUUCAGGCCCGGCGACAUUGUCCUUGCAAAAGUGAUCUCUUUGGGUGACGUGCAGUCGAAUUACCUGCUGACCACAGCGGAGAACGAGCUGGGGGUCGUCGUGGCUCACAGCGAGGCCGGCGCGCAGAUGGUGCCCGUCAGCUGGUGUGAGAUGCAGUGUCCUCGCACACACUCCAAAGAGUUUCGCAAAGUUGCACGGGUACAGCCGGAGUACCUGCAGGCCUGACCACGCCCCUGACC